AUGGUGUUGUUCCGUCUGAUUAACCCGGCUCCCUUGACGGACAAAGUGCAGUCCCGCCAGGGGAACAUAUAUCUGUACAGGGCCAUGUGGCUAAUUGGCUGGAUUCCGCCCAAGGAGGGAGUCCUGCGAUACGUCUACCUCUUCUGGACCUGUGUGCCCUUCGCCUUUGGGGUGUUCUACCUGCCCGUGGGCUUCAUCAUCAGCUACGUGCAGGAGUUCAAGAACUUCACCCCCGGCGAGUUCCUCACCUCGUUGCAGGUGUGCAUUAAUGUCUACGGGGCCUCGGUGAAGUCCACCAUUACGUAUUUGUUCCUCUGGAGACUGAGGAAAACGGAGAUGCUAUUGGACCACCUGGACAAGAGGCUGGAGAACGACAGCGACCGCGAAAGGAUCCACAACAUGGUGGCCCGCUGCAACUAUGCCUUUCUGAUCUACAGCUUCAUAUACUGUGGCUAUGCGGGAUCCACUUUCUUGUCGUAUGCCUUGAGUGGUCGUCCUCCCUGGUCCGUCUACAAUCCCUUCCUGGACUGGCGCGAUGGCCUGGGCAGCCUGUGGAUCCAGGCGAUCUUCGAGUACAUCACCAUGUCCUUUGCCGUGCUGCAGGAUCAGCUGUCCGAUACGUAUCCCCUGAUGUUCACCAUCAUGUUUCGGGCCCACAUGGAGGUGCUCAAGGAUCAUGUGCGCAAUCUGCGAACGAAUCCCGAGCGAAGUGAGGCUGAUAACUACCAGGAUCUGGUGAACUGCGUUAUGGAUCACAAGACCAUCUUGAAAUGCUGUGACAUGAUUCGGCCCAUGAUAUCCCGCACCAUCUUCGUGCAAUUUGCGCUGAUAGGCUCCGUUUUGGGCCUGACCCUGGUGAACGUGUUCUUCUUUUCGAACUUCUGGAAGGGAGUGGCCUCCCUGCUCUUCGUCAUCACCAUCCUGCUGCAGACCUUUCCCUUCUGCUACACCUGCAAUCUGCUUAUAGACGACGCCCAGGAACUGUCCAACACGAUUUUCCAAUCCAACUGGGUGGACGCAGAGCCGCGUUACCGUGCUACCUUGGUCCACUUCAUGCACCAUGUCCAGCAGCCUAUUAUCUUCAUAGCCGGAGGCAUUUUCCCCAUCUCCAUGAACAGCAACAUAAGCGUGGCCAAGUUCGCCUUCAGCAUCAUUACAAUAGUGCGACAAAUGAAUCUGGCCGAGCAGUUCCAGUAG